CAAAGCAAUUCUCUCCUUUUGCCAUUCAAAGUACAGAAGAGGGUUUCCCAAUUCUAGAGAAGAGAAAUUAUAAGAUGGCGAGAAUUGAGAUCUGUCUUUUGGUAGCUUUGUUUGUCUCUUUGGCUUUGAUCACCCCGAGUCACGGCAUUAGGUCUGUUGUACAUGACGAUGAUGAUCAACCCACACCAUCAUGGAAAGACAUGCCCUCAGAUUUUGUGCGCAAUUGCUCAAAAUCUCUAUCUUUGAAGUGUGGGGAUCAGAUCAUGCACAACAUGUAUCCGGCUAAUGCUACUGAUCCUGUACAUCUAGGUACUAAUUGUUGCCUCAAACUCACCACAAUGGGAUUCCACUGCCAUGUUGAGUUCGUGAGGCAAACUCUUCCGGCACAUCGAGGAGUAAAUACGACUCAAACCUGGACAAGGAGUGCACAAGUCUGGAGAUUUUGCGAAGCUACUGUAGCUGCCUUGCCUAAGCCUAAGCCUAAUUUGCCUUAAAUGGACCUCAUCAAGGGUUUUCUUUCUAAAGAUAUGCGCUUAAGACUACAAUAAAAGAAUUUUUUUUUA